CAGCCCGGCCGGCCAUGGCAUGCGUGUUCGUGUUCGUGUACGGGACGCUCAAGCGUGGGCAGCCCAACCACGCUGUGCUCCAGGACAGUGCUCACGGCUGCGCCUCCUUCCACAGCUGCGGGCGCACGCUCGAACCCUUCCCGCUGGUCAUCGCGGGGCAGCACAAUGUCCCCUACCUGCUGCACCUGCCUGGCAAGGGCUACCGUGUGCGUGGCGAGGUGUAUGCCGUGGACGAGAAGAUGCUGCGGUACCUGGAUGACUUCGAGGACUGCCCGACCAUGUACCAGCGCACCCCGGCCACCAUCGUCUUGGAGGGCGAGGGCCAAGAGGCUGGUUGCCCGCAGGAGGCCACGCUGCAGUGUUUCCUCUACAGCAAGGCCACCUACCCGCCCGAGUGGGUCCACCUGCCUUACCAUGACAACUACGACUCGAAGGGUGCCCACGGGCUGCGCUAUAACCCACGGGAGAACAGAUGAAGAAUAAUGGUGACACGCUGCCAACACGAUUGUGUCCCCCCCCCCCCAAGCUCUCCACCUAGCACCACACUCUAGCGCUUGCUGCUUGCAGCUCUCAAUUGUAUUGGAAAGGGGUUGCGGUUCCCUGCACCCUGCCACAUGCCACCUAAAGAAUCCCCAUACUGUAGUUGUAUGUAAGAUGACACCCCACUCCUCUGCUUGCCAUGAUUUGUUUCUUGAUUUUCUUUCUCUCUUUUUUUUGGCUCUGUGUUCACUACAAGGUGACAUUUUUUAAAUGAAUGUCCAAAGACCUGUGGUGGUUGCUGGAUUUUAGCAACCUGACUUGGAGCAGCCCUAAGAGAAAGAAGUGUUGAUUUGGGGAUGGCGGAGUGGUAAUAAAAUGAACCUCGAGACCAA